ACGGGGCAACGUUGCCACAACAACAACAACGACGACGCACGCGCAUCACCACCAUCAUCACCACCACCAUCAUCACCAUCACCACCAUCACCACCACCAUCAUCACUAUCACCAUCAUCACUAUCACCACCACUAUCACCACCUUCAUCAUCGCCACCACCACCAUCAUCACCACCACGAUCACCACCAUCAUCACCACCAUCAUCAUCACCACCAUCAUCAUCACUGCACUCGCACAGAAGCACGCUUCAACCCCACAGAGAGACACAGAGAGACACAGAGAAGACGACUUCGUAAGACGUUCGCUUUUAGGGUUCAAUUUUGUGUUAGUUCUUUACGUUUAUUUUUUGUUCAAAGCGUGAAGAAUCGACCGCACGUUUCACGCAUCACGACGGCCCCAUUGGGAUCUUCGUCUUUGAGCAGCUGCGAUGGCGAGUCAGGAGCCGGCGGGCGAGGAGCCUGACGACCGAUGCACCCACGAGCUCUACCGAGUGAGCCCUCACCUGCCCAGGAGAUUUGACGAGCCUCACCUGCUGCUCGCCUACGGCUCCAAGCCCACGCACCCCGUGUACCGCACGUCGAACCAGGCGUACGGACGCAGAGCUCCAACCGUGCACGAGAUGCCGACAGUGUUCCGAGGCCGCUCGCAGGAUUUCUCGACUCACCUGGGGCAGUGCGGGAUGUACCGCAACCGCGGACUCAACACGGCCGUCGACCGCAGCGUGGUGGAGGCCGGGGGCGGUGGCGCUCUCGCCGUGUCGGCGCGCCACCAACGCAUCGCCUUCCACGAGGCCGUACAGGCGCUCGCUGCCGGCACCGUCGCCGGCGGCGCUGCCGGCACCGGCAACGGCCACUAGGACAAAAGCCGCUGAGCGGACGGGCGCGGGUUGUAUCAGGGAUACUGUUCGGUUUUUUCGGUAAAGUCACGUAGGUAAAAAAUGAAAUUGAAAGUUAAUAAAAGUAAUAAUGGAAAUAAAAUAAAAAAAUCACGACGUUUCGGAGGCAAUACAAGUCUCCGUCAUCAGGUGGUACCGUCACAGCUAAAAGUACUGCAUCAAGUGAUUUUGCACCAAACUUUGCAGCCAUAGCUGGCUGCAUGAGUCACUCCACAACAGCAGGAGCAUCAGUCGGAGUGCCAACAUUUUUGGUGAUGGGGAGGGAUGGGUGGACCACGUUCCUGGCACCCCCAAAGUCCCAUCGUUCGUUGUCGCCAAAUGUUGCCGCUAGAUGGCAGCAUUCGCCUUUGUGAUGUUACUUUUCGCAGAUUGACGAUGCCUUUGUCACACACACACACAAAUAAAAGGUCAAAAGUGACUUCCCGCGCCACUCAAA